AUGCCGAAACCGGUGAAUAUUAACGUCAACGCCUUGGACUCAGAGUUGGAGUUUGCUGUACUGCCAAACGCGACUGGCAAAGUUGUGUUUGACCAGGUGGUGAAAACAGCUGGUUUACGUGAGGUAUGGUACUUUGGACUCCAGUAUAUAGAUGGAAAAGACUAUUUAACUUGGCUCAAAAUGGAAAAAAAGAUAUCAUCACAGGACGUAAAGAAGGAAAACCCACUGCACUUCAAGUUUCGAGCCAAGUACUUUCCCGAGGAUGUAAACGAGGAGCUUAUCCAGGACAUCACGCAGAAGCUCUUCUUCUUGCAGGUGAAAGAUAACAUCCUGAGCGACCAGGUUUACUGUCCACCAGAAACAGCAGUGCUACUGGCAUCCUACUCUGUUCAAGCCAAGUAUGGAGACUAUGACAAAGAAACCCACCACCCGGGUUACCUCCUUUCUGAACGCUUGCUGCCCCGCAGAGUUGUAGAUCAGCACAAGUUAUCACUAGAAGAGUGGGAGGAGAGGAUCCAGGUGUGGCACGAGGAGCAUCGCGGGAUGCUCAAGGAGGAUGCCAUGAUGGAGUACCUGAAAAUCGCGCAGGACUUGGAGAUGUAUGGCGUCAACUACUUUGACAUCAAGAAUAAGAAGGGAACACUGCUGUGGCUGGGAGUGGAUGCUUUGGGACUUAACGUUUAUGAACUAGAUGACAAACUUUCCCCCAAAAUCGGCUUCCCCUGGAGUGAAAUUAAAAACAUUUCCUUCAAUGACAAAAAGUUCACCAUCAAGCCAAUCGACAAAAAAUCACCUGACUUUGUCUUCUUUUCCCCGAGACUUCGUUUAAAUAAGCGUAUCCUCCAGCUGUGCAUGGGCAAUCAUGAGCUUUACAUGAACCGACGCAGGCCGGAUUCCAUCGAAGUGCAGCAGAUGAAGAUGCAGGCCAGAGAGGAAAAGUUACAGAGACAGAAGGAGAAGGCCAAGCUGGAGAAGGAGAAGGAGAAGAGGGAGACCAUUGAGAGGGAGAAGGAGCAGAUGGAGCUGGAUAAGAAAGAAAUAAUGUCGAGGCUCCAGCAGUUCCAGGAGAAGACCAAGAAGGCAGAACAAGAUUUACAGGAGCAGAUGCAGAGGGCCAUGAUUUUGGAGCAGGAGCGUCUUAAAGCAGAAAAGGAGGCCGCCCGUCUGGAGUCAGAGCGUCAGGCUGCACUGUUGGCUAAAGAAGCAUUGGCUCGUCAAGCAGAGACCCAAUUGAUGAGUCAUGAGCAGCUGGCUUUAGAGCUGAAGGAGCACACAUCUAGGAUCAGUCAGCUGGAGGAGGCCAGGAGAUCCAAGGAGAACGAAGCAGACACAUGGCAGCUCAGGGCUAGGGAGGCCCAGGACGAUCUGAUCAAGACCAAGCAGGAGCUGCACAUGGUGAUGAUGGCGGGACCACCUAUGCCGCUUCCACCGCCUCCCGCUUUCGUCAUGUACGAUAACCACGAAGACAACAGUGACAACGACGAGAGCAACAGCCAACACAGCGCUGAACUGCAUUCCGUCUACCAGCACAACGGCAUCCCUGCAGAGGAGGAUCGCCAGACAGAGGCCGAGAAGAACGAACGUGUACAGAGGCAGCUCAAGGAUCUAACUGCCGAGCUGGCUCACUUACGCGACGAGUCCAAGAACACCCAGAAUGACAUCCUGCACUCGGCGAAUGUACGGGAAGGCCGAGACAAAUACAAAACUCUGCGACAGAUCAGACAAGGGAACACAAAGCAGAGGAUUGACGAGUUUGAGGCCUUAUAA